AUGAAAUUCAACGAAUCGUCCCGUUUGCUCCGGAACAAAAACAUCCUGAAAGCGAGCAGACGUCUCUAUAGCACCUGCAAAAAAAGCGACAAUAAAAAAUCUAAGGACGGUUGUAAGGUCAAUCAUGAGGAUUUGAGGUGCUGCAAGGACGAUUCUAAAAGGUUCAUCAAGGAGUGCCUUAUAAAGGCUAAGGCUUGCGAUAAAAACGCCGACCAACAAGCCGCUCUUUUGAUCGCUGCUGAUUUGAGAGGCCAUUACAGCCACGGUAUGAAUCGUCUCGAGAUGUACCUCAACGAACUGGAAGCAGGAGUCUGCGACGGCCGAGCGGAGCCCCAAAUUUUAAAAGAGACUCCCGCAGCGGCCUGGGUAGGCGGCUGCAAUGCCCUUGGGGCUGUCACCGGAAACUUUUGUAUGCAAUUGGCCAUUAAAAAGGCCGAGAAGGUCGGAAUCGGAUACGUUGUGGCCAAGGGAGGGUGUCAUUACGGAAUGGCUGGUUAUUACACCCUCCAGGCAGUAGAAAAGGGCCUGAUUGGAUACAGUUCUACAAAUACUUCCCCUUUGGUGGCACCGACAAGGAGCAAACAAGCGUGUUUGGGAACAAAUCCACUUUCUAUUGGAAUGCCAUCGAGUAUUAAAGAAGAUUAUUAUUUAUUAGGCCCUCAACAAAUGGCCGAUACCCGAUACUUAGGCUGGGCCUUAGGGCCAGAUGGCCAACCUACUGCAGACCCAGCUGUUGGCUACAAAAAUGGCAUUCUGAUGCCUUUGGGAGGCGCUGAAGAAACAUCUGGUUAUAAAGGAUACGGUUUAGCGUGCAUGGUCGAGGCUUUAGGAUCUAUGCUAUCAGGAUCACAAUUUGGUUCAAGAAUCCGCAAACUGUCCUCCACCGACAAGCCCUCCGAUUUGGGUAUGACCUUCAUGGCAAUAAGUCCGGAUUUUUUUGCCCCAGAUUUCAAAGAAAGAGUUUCGAGUUUUUUGUGUAUGUUGAGAAGUCUGAAACCGGUUGAUAAUUGUAAACCGGUUUUGAUAGCAGGUGAUGCCGAAAGGGCAGCUAUGGCCAAGGCUAAGAAGGAAGGGGGCUUGUAUUAUGUAAAAAAUCAAAUUGAAACUUGCAAAAGACUUAGUGAGAAGUAUAAAGUUAAGAUGAUUGAGCAGUAUAUGAGGAAGGAUACGAAAUAA